ACUCGCCGGCUCCCGUGGCAGUCUGCGGGCCUCCCGGGCGGCGGCGGCGGGGCCGGAGAGGUGCGGCGGAGGGGACAAGACCAGGGAGGAAGGGGCCCGGCUGGCCGGCAGCGUCCCGAACACUCAGCACCAUGCUGUCCUGGCGGCUGCACACACGCCCCGAAAAGGCCGAGCUGCAGGAGCUCAACGCCCGGCUCUAUGACUACGUGUGCCGGGUGCGGGAGCUGGAGCGCGAAAACCUGCUCCUGGAGGAGGAGCUGCGCGGCCGCCGCCGACAGGAGGGCCUGGGGGUCAAUGGCCAGGCCCGCUGGGCCGAGGAGGCGCGCCGCUUGCGGCAGCAGCUGGACGAGCUGAGCUGGGCCACGGCGCUGGCCGAGGGCGAGCGCGACACGCUGCGGCGCGAGCUGCGGGAGCUGCAGCUGCUGGGCGAGGAGGAGCGCGCCGCCCGUGGCCGCCUGGACGCCGAGCUGGGAGUGCAGCGGCGCGAGCUGCAGGAAGCGCAGGGCGCGCGCGCUGCCCUCGAGGCGAUGUUGGGCCGGCUGCAGGCCGAGCGUCGCGGCCUGGACGCGGCCCACGAGCGCGAAGUGCGGGAGCUGCGCGCGCGCGCUGCCAGCUUGACCCUGCACUACCGAGCCCGCACCACCGGCCCCGCCGCGCCCCCGCCACGCCUGCGGGAGGUGCACGACAGCUACGCGCUGCUGGUGUCCGAGUCGUGGCGGGACGCCGUGCACCUGUACGAGGACGAGGUGCGCGAGCUGGAGGCGGCACUGCGGCGCGGCCAGGAGAGCCGGCUCCAGGCCGAGGAGGAGACGCGGCUGUGCGCGCAGGAGGCGGAGGCGCUGCAGCGCCAGGCGCUCGAGCUGGAGCAGUUGCGCGUGCUGCUGGAAGACGAGCUGCAGCGGAAGCGCGAGGCCUAUGAGCUGCAGGCCAAGGAGCGGCAGAGUGUGCUUUCUUGCCUGGAGGAUGAGAAGGCGGCCCUCACCUUGGCCAUGGCUGACCGGCUGCGGGAUUAUCAGGAGCUCGUGCAGGUGAAGACUGGCCUCAGCCUGGAGGUGGCAACCUACAGAGCCUUACUGGAAGGAGAAAGUAAUCCAGAGAUAUUGAUCUUAACUGAGCGCCUUGAAAACCUGCCACGAGAAUUCGGAAAAACGUCCUAUCACUAUACCAACUCGGUAUUACAGAGGGAAAAUGAAAGAAACCUGUUUUCGAGGCAGAAAGCACCUUCGGGGAGCUUCCGGCACAGCUCAUCCCUGCAUCCUAACCUGUGGGCACAGCAGGCAUCACAGACUGGAAGCAUUUCCAGGAGAGGCUUCCUGGGCUCAGGAUAUCCUUCCUUUACCACCACCACCCAGCGGGAAAAGUCUUACGAAAAAACUGCCAGCAGUCCGCCCAACGUCAGAACUUUGUCUCCCGCCCAUGGGCUUGGAAGAAAUACUGAUGCUCAACUGAAAACAUUCCCCGGUAGACCAAGAACUGAAGGUACAAGGGACAUCCCCAUUCAUGUUGCCAGAGAGCCUACUCUUGCCCAGGAGUCACACCGAGAACGCCGCGACAAUGUGGUGGCAGAUGCUUCCGAAAGCACUUGGUCAAAUGAGAGGACCGUCAUUUUGGGAAAGAAAACAGAAGCUAGAGCCACGAGGGAGCAGGAGAGAAACAGAGCAGGAACCGUCCAAUCAAAGCAAGAAGAGAAAAUGUUUGAUUCUAAAGAGAAGGCUUCAGAGGAGAGGAACUUAAGGUGGGAAGAGCUAACCAAGUUAGAUAAAGAAGCAAGACAGAGAGGGAGCCAGCACAUGAGGGACAAGGCAGAGGAGAAGGAGCCAUUGAAGGAGCAAAGUGUGAGAGAAAGAGAGGUGCCGAUCCGUCUGGAAGUAUCCAAAGACAGCACCCCAGAAGGGACCCCCAAAGGUUUCCAGAUACCCCUAAAGAAGGAUGCAGGGGGUGGUCCAGCUAAAGGGGUGGAAAGGAAAGAGGCAAAGCUCAGGUGGGAUGCCAGGGACGCCGCCGGCUCUCUGACAGGCGAUUCCAUGACGGAAACCAUAGCGGAAAAUAUCGUGUCCGGCAUCCUGAAGCAGCUUGCCCAGUCUCCUGAUACAGAAACAUCUGCUGAUUCUUCUCCAGACACGAGAGUCACUUAUGUGGGCAGGAAAGAGCUUCCUGGGGGCAAGAAAACAAAGACUGAGAUUGUGGUGGAGUCAAAACUGACGGAGGAAGUCGACGUAUCCGAGGAAGCUGGCCAGGACUAUCUGUUGAGCAUGGAUGGGCGGGAUAAGGUGGGGCUGAAAGGGAAACCCACCGAGCAGAUGAUAGGAGACAUAAUCAACCUGGGUCUGAAAGGAAGACACGGGACGGCGAAGGUGGUCAACGUGGAGAUCGUCGAGGAGCCCAUGAGCUACAUGGGUGGCGAGAAGGCCGGUGAGGUUUCCACCCCAUUCCACGUGCAGGAGGUUGACGACAUGUCUCCGGGCUCCCAGGGGCUGGCUGAGGAGGCGGGGUAUGGAGAAACAGAGGUCACAUUCUCUGUUCAUCAACGUAAGAAGACGGAGCUGUCCCAAGAAAACGUAAGUCAUGUUGAAGAAGUGACGGAGGCAGGUGACUCAGAGGGAGAGCAGAAUUAUUUUGUGUCAACACCAGAUGAAUGCCCCGAGCAUGACAUCGGCCAUGACAGAGAUGAAGGCUCAGUAUACGGGCAGAUCCACAUCGAGGAAGAAUCCACCAUCCGAUACUCUUGGCAAGAUGAAAUUGUGCCGGGGUCUCGGAGAAUAAUAAGGGGGGGUGAUGCAUUGGGGGAGAAGGUUGUGAAGCCCCUGGAUGUUCUAGAACCUUCUCUGAAGGGGGAUGUGAGCUCUCCUCCCUGGAAAGAACAAGCUAGAAGUGGCGAAUUUCAUGCAGAAGCCACCGUCAUUGAAAAGGAAGUUAAAAUACCACACGAAUUCCACACUUCCAUGAGGAGAGCCUCCAAGGAACCCCGACACCAGUUGGUGGAGGUUAUCGGGCAGCUGGAGGAGAACCUCCCGGGGCGCCUGAAGGAGGAACUGUCUGCCCUCACCAAAGAGGGUCAGGGCGGCUCAGGGAACGUUGCUGUUGACGUGAAGAAAGUCCAGACCUCGGGUGGUGGGGCCAUGACCUUGGUUGCUGAGGUCAACCUCUCGGAAACUAUGGAUACAGAGAAGUUAGAUCUGGAGUUGCUGGGCAAAGAUGAAACUGGUGAAAUCGAGAAAGCGGUGGAGUCGGUGGUGCGAGAUGCCAUGGCCAGGCGGUACAGCCCAGCGCCUGGAAGCCCAGACAGGGAAGCUGCAGGGCCCGCCCCAGUGGCCGGCUUCGGCUUCAAGCGCUGGGCCACCCAGGAACUGUACAGACCCUCUGCUGAGGACGAUGACACUGGCUGGGCCUCUCGCAGCACACAGAGGGUCACUUCCCAUGGCCCGGUGUCGGCCACUAUAGAGGUCACCAGCCCAACGGGCUUUGCCCAGUCACACGUGCUAGAGGACGUACAUCAGUCUGUAAGACACAUUAAGAUAGACUCCCCUGGAAUUUGGAGGACUGAGCGAGUCCCGCGCGAGGGACCCACUGCAGAAGUGGUGGAGGUAAGUGGGGAAGGCGGCCCGAGUCAGGCAGAGAGCUCGGUGGGAGCUAGCUGGUCUGUGAGGCACUUGACAUUGGGUCCUGAGCAAAGUCAAGUGUCCAAAGAAAUCUUUUUCGAAGGGCCCGACCCUGCCUAUCGGGACGCGGGGGGCACGGCAGAGCUCUCCACAGAUACCGACAGACCGGGGGGCCACAGUGUGUUUGGCUCCAAACAGUUUCAUGCUCAAAGGGAAAUGAUUUUUCCGAGCUCCUUUUCUGGGGGUGAGAAGGUUGGUGAUUAUUUUCGAACAGAAGAAUUAGUGGGUACCCAGACUUCAGUAAAGCACCUUCAGUUAGGCCCCAGAGAGGGGCUCAGUGCGCAAAUCCAGUUCACAGCCCCCUUCUCAGACUCGGUGGAGUUGGGGGUCAGAGAAGCAUCUGUGCACACUGAGGAUAGGGUAGAGAAUGGCACACCCAUCAGGCACGUCACAGUUGGGCCUCACAGGCGUCAGACCACCGAGCAGACAGUUUCCCAACAUGGGGAAUUCAGCGACUCUGAAAGCGGGGUCCAUGGAGCGAGCUCAGCAGACGUGACCCAGGUCACUCGUAGUUACACCAUGGGCAGGAAAGUCCUGAUGAGUGAUGAGAGCACCUUCCAAGGGGCCGUUUCUGAAUCUCCCCAGGAGGCAAGUGGGGGAGACACGUCAGGGGCAGAAGCGACACUGGGCAUGAGCAGAUCCUUUAGGCAUAUUCGGCUAGGUCCUGGGGAAACCCAAACCUCUGAACACAUCGUCUUCCAUGGGCCCGUUUCCAAAACAUUUGCCCUCGCUGGUUCGGUAGACGCCCCUGAGCUUGGUGAGUCAGCAGGCGGCAGCAGAAUGCAAAGGCACGUUGCACUGGGGCCCAAAGAAACCUCGUUUACCUUUCAGAUGGACGUGAGUAACGUAGAGGCGACCCCCAGCUGGACCCGAGAGGCCACGGUCCUUUUUCCCGCAGGGACGGAAGCAGAAGCUCAUAGCGUGUCUGACAGUGGUACCUGGAGAGAUGCUGGCAGUAGGAACGGCCGGGCAGCCAGCACGAGCGUUAAGGGCAAGGAGCAGGCUGAGUUUGAUAAGACAGUGCAGCUACAGAGGAUGGUAGAUCAAAGGUCAGUGGUUUCAGAUGAAAAGCAAGUCGCUGUCCUCUAUCUAGACAGUCAGGAAGAGGAGGAUGAGGGACACUGGUUUUGAGAAACAAUUUGCUUUAAAUGGUGUCUUAUUUGAUGCUAUACCAACACACAAAGGCCUUUACUGAUUUUAAGGGGGGAGGCCCACUCUUUAUGAAAACCUCCCCCUUUUUUUUACUUUCUCCAAAGAGUUGCUCUAGGCAAUGUCAAUUUAUUUUAUAAUCUGUAAAGGUUUCAAAUUAAUUCAUGCCUUAAAAGGUUUUGGCACUUUAUUUUUGAGUUGGGACUUUUACAAAAAUACUUCUUUGUCAUCUUAAAAGUUCCCUUUUCUGGAGUUUUCUCUCCUAGAGAUGAUUUAUACCAGUUUGCACCUGGUCAUAGAAAUGCCUUGCAUCUGCUUGAAGCUAUAAUUAACUCUCUUUAGGUAAGAUGCCUACAUAGUAACAGAUUAAUAUAUUUAAGAGUACAUUGUCUUUGCAUGUGCUAAUAAGAAAUAGAAAACUAACCUUUUAAGGGAAAAGAGCCAAUACAAUUUUCUCUUUCCAAAGUCUUUUCAAAAAGAAAUAAUAGGGAAUAAGCAAAUUGCUUACAGUAAAAAAAAUAAAAUAAAAUAAAAAAUUGAUAAUUUUAUCUUUAGGUAAGUUAUUUGUCAUAGAGUUAAAUUCAUUCUAAGAUUUGAAUGAAUUGCUUUCUAUGUGCAGAGCUUUAAAAAAACACAGCAUUUUAUUUAUGGAUAGGAUAGCUACAGCCUAGUGCAAAAUUUCAAAUCAACACACUCGCUAUGUUUGCACGGGUGCCGAGGACACUGCCCAGACCCUCACGUAGGGAAAAUGAUUUAUUAGGAUUCACUUACAGCACCAUUUCUUUUCUGUGGCACUAGAUCACUAAUAGAGCACAGUAUAGUUUUUUUGGUUAUGACCUAAGUUCUGGAGUAGCCAGCUCUCGGCAGAGCGUACUUGAACUUUCUGCACUUUAGCUCUUAGCACCUAAAUGUUUCAUUUCACUGGUGGGAGGUAGACCCUGGAGACAAUGAAGAGAAUGAAUGAAGAGAAUGCCAAUGCUGAGACUGUAGCAGGACUGGCAGGGUGGUCACGUGCGAUAAAAUUGGAAGCCCGGGGUGGCCUGUGCUUCCUAAUCGAGCCCUUCUUAAACCACUGCCGGUGGAGGCCUGUCUGAGCUCAAGGAGCUAGAGAUGAAAAAGAACAACCAACCUCACAGAAGAUUUUGCACUUUCAACAGAAAUCACUACCGGUGGGGUGUUUCGUCCAGGGAAACGAGCAAUACGUUAACUAGAAUAAGAUGUUUGGGGGAAGGAACUGAGUGGGUGCCUCUCCCAUCGCCCAGCAUGGAAGCACCCCUGAGGGGCCUGGGAGGAAGGCCAAGGCCCCACUCCAAUGGAUGGUCCACAGAAAGGGCACCGGCAGAUUUGCACCACCGAGUUUAAGAUAUUCCAAUGAGUGUGCUCCAUUGGAUCCAUUUUAUUUUAUUUGGGUUUCUAGCGUCAAUCUUUCAAGGUGAAGCAUCACAUUGAAACUAGUAUCUCUAGCAGCACAGCGUUAUUUGAAUCCAAAUGAGCUUCCUUCACAUAGUGGUGCCUAAACCGUGCUUUCUCUAACACAUAACAUAGAAUGUAACACAAUAGUGCACUGGGGAAAACGACCCAAGGCAAUGUCACCCUCAGGUGGGUAAUGAUGGGGGUGGGGUGGGGGGUGAGUAUGGCAUUUGAGGGUCUUGCUUCUGGGUUUCAGAUGAUGGCUCUCAGACUCCUGGGACACACGUCUGUCUCCUCAGUUCCCAGAAAUGGCUGCCACAGGUAGUUUAGGGCGAGUGCGUUUCCUUCAUCAACAGACAAGUGGAGGAGAAAUGCUGCCCCACUUUCAGGACGAUCUAUUUGAAAAACACUGUGAAUCAGGGAAGAGAAAGCAAGUUAAUUUGAAUUGCAAGUUUAAACCGUUGUUAUCUGCCAAAUGAACUAGUGAUUGUCACAAACUGGUACGGAGGUGAUGGCUUUGCAAAGACUUCUCGUUUCUAACACAAGGAUGGGCUGAUUUUGUUAGCUGUAAGUGGUACUGGUAUUUGUAUAAGUGAUUUAUUGAUGAGAAUUUGGUCAGGGUGACAGCCAACUGUUUGAUGGCAGGACUGAUAAUGGGGACUCUAUUAUGUGAGUCUAAGUGGCUUAGUCACUAUCAUAGCUCAUGACCUUGUAAAUGGGUGUGAACAUGAACAGGUUGUUAAUAUUGUGACCCACCUGUAUUUGGAAAAUAAAUUUCUUAGAUCUUAAUUCUUAUCUCCAUGUUGGAAUGAAUAUCUUCGAGAAGUAUCCUGCCAAGGGUACUUACCAAUAUGGAAUCAUGAGCUGUCCUUGGUUAUCAAGUCUCUGGAGUAGGGUGUGCCCUCAACACCAUGACAGGUCACCCCACAGCUUCUUGUCCUAUAAAACCAGUCACUCUGGAGACAGUAGAAAUCAAUGGUGUGGUUGGAUGGGUGAGGACAGUCUUUUCCUGUCUAUUGUGUUUAGACAAAACAGUAUUAAUGGAAUGUAAUUCCCUUCCCACUGGUUGUUUGAUAUUGUUUAUCUAAAAUGUAUAUUUAGAAUGGAAUCAUCGAAAAAGCUGAUCUUGCUAACCUCCUGUUCCCUACAAAGGGAUGUGUAAAAAUAAAAUCUAAGAGAAAAAGACCUAAAGAGAA